AUGGCGGAUGUGAAGAUGGAGGUCGCGAAGUCGGAGGAAAGCGACACGACCUUUCCUCACGAGACAGUGACCGACGAGAAUUUCCGCGAUGUUGUUCUUGACAUUUUCGAGAAGGAGGUGAACAGGUUCAAGAACUGUUGGGCGUAUCUCGACCAUUUUCACAAAGACCGGUCUGCGUUUGCUGAUCAGCUUCGUGCCCUCUUCCCACAGAAGCCCGAGGUAGAGUACCUCUUGUCCUAUGUGAUUCCGUCGACUGGCAACUUCAGCGUAUCUCUUUGGCACUUGAACUGGGGCCCGGAUUGCUCCACAAAGCCGGUGCCUGACCGUGUCACCGUGAGAUCAUUGCUGGAUGAGUACUUGACAAGUGGAGUGGCGACCCGAGCAGAGCCCCUGAUGGUCUACCAGGCACAGGACCCUGGGAGGAACGAUUUCAUUCUUCAUUUUGCCAAAGGAGCCGCAAGGUCAGCAGCAUGCCUUGUGCUGGCCAGCCUUGUCAUGCGGUACGGCUUCCAUUUGAAGACCUUCGUGCAGGAGAGCAUGUGUGAGAUUCAUGUCACACAGGCAGACUGUGGCUGUGACAUUGCCUCAGUGGCCCUGUUCAACGCAAAGAUGAGUGCACGCGGGGACAUUCGCAAGGCUCACUGUUGCUUGACAUGGCUGGCCAAAAUGAUGGUGCUGAAGAAGCACAAUCAUGAUGCAACCAGUAUCAUUAAGGAGUGGAACCGCACGUGCACGAAGGAUGGGCAGAUCAAAGGGGCCAAGCACACGGCCCUGUUGUCCCUGUUGAAUCUGCCACAGUUUUGCGUCGAUGCGCUGCUCGAACACUUGAACGAGUUCGGGUCUCAAGGAGCAUUCAACGACAACCAAUGGAGCAACAAGAAGGUGUUGCCAGGUGGUGGGCCGAAGGGCUACCCCAGAGAAUGGAACAGUCGGCUCCAGGUGACGGACGAAGGCUUCUGCCUCAUGAUCAAGUACCUGGACAAUCGACACCGGAUGAAGCUUGCAGGCUCACGAUGCAAGUUCAGCGGGUCGGAUGUGGAGGAGGCCGCUUUGGUAUGCCAGCUCUUGCACUCCCUUGUUCAUGAGCUGGAGGACUCAGUGCCCCUGCAGGUCAAGGAAGACGUAUGCACACUCCUGGUGCAGGGAGACAUGAACUUGCUUCUGCAGCUCCAAGGAGCCCUUUCAGAGAAGAGAAGCAACCUUGCUCCUGCAGACAUUCUGGUGCUCAGGGAAUACAUCCAAAAGCAUGUCGCAGACGGGGAGAAGAAGCUUCGCAACCUUGGUGCGGUUUCGAACAGCAUCAAUCCGGGACAGCUGGAGCGGCAGGAGUUCGAUCUUGCCAUUGCUUCCAUGCGACACGACAUGGACGUGUAUGGUGCUUGGCUUGUUCGGAGCCGCGAUCGCGAAGCCGGGGUUUAUCAUCAGAAUCUUCAGUGGAGGCUUGGCAGGCAGAAUCGAGCCAAGGAGAUGGCUGAAGGCAUCAUGCGGCGAAGCUCGGAAACUUGGAGGAUGGAGUUUGCUGUUUUGGAGUCAGCAGCCCAGGGCCUCAAGACCAUCCAAGAGGCCAUGAAGUACAUCUGCAGGCUAAACCAGAUUUCGGCGGAGAACUUGAAGUGCAUCGUCAUCCUGAAUUGGUGUGCACCCUCUUUGUUUUCGUCCCAAGUUCAGCGAGAUCAAGCAUCUUUGAUGGGGGCCAUCUUGAAUGGGCAGAAUGCCGUGGCUGGAGGCGUGUGCCUGACACCUACGUUUACAUACAACAAGGGUCAGCUUCACAAGACAGAGCAGGAGGCUUUGAGGCUCCUUGCGGAGUCCAACCUCAAUCUCGACCACGUUGCUGUGGUGCCCUACAAAGGGCCACUGCUCAUGCUCACCCGCAUUUUGAUGCCGAUGGACGAAGUGGCUGCUGAACGGGCUCAGGAGAACUGGCGACUGUCCGCCAUUUUCAGAAAACCCCUAUUGGAAGAGGCGGACCUUCCCCAGACCCGGGACCUUCUGGCGAUAGAGGAUCUGGAUCCUGCGGCAUUGCCAACAACCACCGAUGCCCAUGUCCAUGUGCCCCAGCCAGAGAAGGCAAUGCAGAUCGGAGAGUCAGCAGCGAGGUCGAUCCUCCGAGGCUUCUUGGCCCAGGACUCCACAGUUGGAGCCACUGCGGGGUCUCAGUUUUUACAGACAUGGGGCUACAUUGCUCACUGCUUCAACACGUUCUUGCACAUGAAGCAACACAUUUGGAUGGAUGACGGAUGGGCUCUCAUGGCAGACUGCCCCCUGAAGCGGAUGAACACACGCAUCAUCGACGGCGUUGCUCCAACUGCAGCCGUGGCCUGCCCUUUAAGGCGGAUGAACGCACAAAUCUGGGACGCUGACUCCGGCGUCGAGGCAAACGAAUGUGCUGAGGGUGAAGUCCUGGGCCUGAGCGAUCUACAAGACCCCGGCGCAGAGCAAGGCGCUUGGCAGAGACUCGAGGAUAUGAUCCUGCGCAUGGAAGGGCACGAGGACCUGAGGCGGUACAUGGAUGCCAGGCAGACAGAGGACAGCUCCGCACACAGGUCAGCACUGGACCAGCUCGAAUCCGUGGAGGCAGGCCAUCAGUGGACCAGCUCGACUCAGUGGAGGCAGGCUUUUUCAUCACAUGCUGCAGGGGACUUCCGUGAUACCAUGGCGAGUGAGGAGGAAGUGGAGCUGCCCUCAAGUUCCGAUGCAGAAGUUGUCAGCUUGCCUUCUGGCAGUGAUGGAGAAAAUGAAAGAAAUGGAGGGUGCUGCCAGCAAGGAUGUUUGAUGGUGUUGGGCGAGAGCAGCUCCUCCCAACGAAUCGUAGAUGACUUGCAACAAGCACUGCAAGCUGCUUCAAAAUCAGAUUCGGAUAGAAUCCGCUAUGAUUGCAUGCGCAAUUGGCACACUGGGUCUGGGUGGCGGCAGCACACUUUCUGCGGGGUGAAAGUAUGCAGAAUGGCAAUGUGUGGCUUGCUGAAGAUGAGCACUAGGCGGUUUGCGAAGAUGCAGAAGCACCAGGCACAGGGCUUCCUAGAGCCACCGAACGACUUGCGAAAGGUCGUCUCGAGCCAAUUGUCCUCGAACCCAGCAGAGGUGAAUGCUCAUAGUUUGCUGGCGUGGGUGCAUCUGCACAUGGCCGAGCCUUUGGUGGAGUCUGGUGAUGUUUUCACCUCAACGAAGAUGAAGCUGGGCAGCUUCAACAAAAGCGGCCUCUUGAAAGAGUCAGCCCUGGGCGAUGAAGUGGUUCGCUAUCUGCCGCCACACACGACCUUCACAGAGAUGCGCCAGGUUGUCCCCCGGUACGACCUCCAGCACUCCAAGUGCGCCGAGUGUGAGAAGCUGAAGCAGUGGAUGCGUGUGGCGACCGGUCCAGAGGACCGGCAGCUCAUCAAGAACGAUUACUGCCAGCACCUGCAGUCGAUGCUAGACGACCGGCGCAUGGAUGCAGAGCUGAAUGCUCAAGGCAGCUCUGGAGAAACCAUGGUGUCGCUCACGAUCGACAGCAUGGACUGCGCCAAAUUUAAGUGCCCACGGCGCUUGUCGGCGUCCAAAGAAUUUCAGAAGCUGUGGAGACCGGAAAAUACUUUUACCGCUGUCUUGGCGGACAGGUUCUGCGAAGACUACUAUGUUUUGGACCAAGAUGUGGUGAAAGACUCCAACCUCAUGCUUACACUGCUGCUUCGCACACUGCAAAGGGCCAUGAAGGAGCGAUCAUCUGCGCCAAAGGUGAUCAGGGUCCACAGUGAUAAUGCAGCAGGCGAGACCAAAAAUCAGAUUGUUCUGAAAGCAGGGGCCGUGUUGGUCCGGCAGGGGUGGUGCCGGGAGUUCUUGCUGACAAGCUUCCGCGUUGGACAUUCUCAUGGUCCCGUUGAUCAGAAGUUCAGCGUGGUGCGGUCCCUGUUGGCUGACAGCGAGGACCUGGAGACACCUGAAGACUUCAUGUCUGUGGUGGCAGGGGGUAUGAAGCCCAAGCCGGGUCAGAAGAUCAACGUGGAGAAGAUUGAGGGCAGCUACAACUUCAAAGACGCUCUGGAGGAGUUCGCUGCCAUACAGUUGGCAGGGCAUGUGCAAACAGCCGCCAUGACACAGAGGGGCGAGGAGGCCAUCCAUGUCUUCUCCUUGGUGCAGCGGAAGCACUACAAUCCAACCGAGGAUCAUCCUGUGCGAGAGUGCCUUUUGUUCCCGCCACAUGAGGAUGAUAUCAUCUUGGAGAUGUUCCAAUACAUCUCCUCGCCAGAUCAGUGCCAGGAUCCCAUUGUCUUCAUUCCUGCAUGUGUUGGCAGAGACAUCGAUUUUGCGAGCCUGCCCCUGGCCCCACGCAGGGAGUUCUCAGACACACAAGCCAAGGAGUUUGAAAAAACAGCGAUUCAGAUUGCGAAAAUGCCAUGGAACAUGGGACGGGCCAGCUCUUACUUGAGGACGAUGAUCAGGAACAAUGCCUCUCCUUCGACCGCUCCUUGGUCUGCUCCAGACAUUCGUCUGUCCCUGAAGGCAGCAGAUGCUUCAGCUGUGAAGGCCGAGCAGCCAUCGCCAGCCGAGGCGAUGGAUCUGAGCUUCACAAAUCGUGCUCCAGCGCCCGUUUCUGUGAAAGUGAAUAAGAAGGUGGCCACAGCUGCCAAGUCCAAGCCAGUCCAGAAGGUGGCCGAGGCAUCAGACGAUGUGCCGUUGCCGGAUGACGACGACCAGCAGCCUCCGCAGCUUGCACCGGCGACCUCUGCGAGUGCAGCACAGGGUGCACUCUGGGAUGCCCGAAGUGCGUCCACAACAGGCACAUUGGUUGUGCAAGAUGCCAGGGCAGAUCUGAAGCAGCAUCGUAGGCAGAAAGAUGGAAAGGCUGCUGCCCGGGAGGAUGGUCCAGCCCUGAGCUGGCGUGCAGCAGGCAAGCAGCCUCGGAACAUGGCAUCUGAAAGCAUCGUCGUUAUGAGCGAUGAUGAGGACCGGGAUGUGGAUAGCAAGAUGCCCUCUGACAGUGCCGUUGUCAUUGUGAGCGAUGAUGAGGAGGAUGAGGUCAUGACGAUCACUCAUUUUGCAGAAGCUUAUAGCGUGCCAAGGGUUUCGUUUGCAGUGCGGCGUUUGGGCCUCCAAGUUGGACCAGCGAUGGACCUGAAGACAGGCUAUGAUUUCGUGACAAUGGAAGGUCGAGCCAGAGCUCGUCGCAUUGUGACAGAGAUGAAACCCCUGUUCCUCAUGUUGAGCCCGCCCUGUCGCAUGUACAGCCGACUGCAGAUAUGCUUUAAGAAUUUUGCGCGAAGGCCUCCAGCUGAAGUGGCUGCGGACAAACUCCAAGCUGAUGUUAUGCUGGAGUUUGCAAUGCAGAUGGCAGACGAGCAAGUGAAGGAGGGCAGGUUCUUUGGUUUCGAGCACCCGGUCGAUGCACUCUCCUGGGAACAGCCGUGUGUAAAGAAGCAUCUGAGCAACUGCUAUUCCUGUGCUUUCGAUCAGUGCCGCCUGGGUCUGGAGGACCCUAUCACCAAGGAGCCGAUAAGAAAGCGGACUCGUUUCAUGUCGAACAGCCCGCACAUUCUCCACUUUGAAAAGUUUCAAUGGCUGCUGUCUGUCAUGGCGGAUGUGAAGAUGGAGGUCGCGAAGUCGGAGGAAAGCGACACGACCUUUCCUCACGAGACAGUGACCGACGAGAAUUUCCGCGAUGUUGUUCUGGACAUUUUCGAGAAGGAGGUGAACAGGUUCAAGAACUGUUGGGCGUAUCUCGACCAUUUUCACAAAGACCGGUCUGCGUUUGCUGAUCAGCUUCGUGCCCUCUUCCCACAGAAGCCCGAGGUAGAGUACCUCUUGUCCUAUGUGAUUCCGUCGACUGGCAACUUCAGCGUAUCUCUUUGGCACUUGAACUGGGGCCCGGAUUGCUCCACAAAGCCGGUGCCUGACCGUGUCACCGUGAGAUCAUUGCUGGAUGAGUACUUGACAAGUGGAGUGGCGACCCGAGCAGAGCCCCUGAUGGUCUACCAGGCACAGGACCCUGGGAGGAACGAUUUCAUUCUUCAUUUUGCCAAAGGAGCCGCAAGGUCAGCAGCAUGCCUUGUGCUGGCCAGCCUUGUCAUGCGGUACGGCUUCCAUUUGAAGACCUUCGUGCAGGAGAGCAUGUGUGAGAUUCAUGUCACACAGGCAGACUGUGGCUGUGACAUUGCCUCAGUGGCCCUGUUCAACGCAAAGAUGAGUGCACGCGGGGACAUUCGCAAGGCUCACUGUUGCUUGACAUGGCUGGCCAAAAUGAUGGUGCUGAAGAAGCACAAUCAUGAUGCAACCAGUAUCAUUAAGGAGUGGAACCGCACGUGCACGAAGGAUGGGCAGAUCAAAGGGGCCAAGCACACGGCCCUGUUGUCCCUGUUGAAUCUGCCACAGUUUUGCGUCGAUGCGCUGCUCGAACACUUGAACGAGUUCGGGUCUCAAGGAGCAUUCAACGACAACCAAUGGAGCAACAAGAAGGUGUUGCCAGGUGGUGGGCCGAAGGGCUACCCCAGAGAAUGGAACAGUCGGCUCCAGGUGACGGACGAAGGCUUCUGCCUCAUGAUCAAGUACCUGGACAAUCGACACCGGAUGAAGCUUGCAGGCUCACGAUGCAAGUUCAGCGGGUCGGAUGUGGAGGAGGCCGCUUUGGUAUGCCAGCUCUUGCACUCCCUUGUUCAUGAGCUGGAGGACUCAGUGCCCCUGCAGGUCAAGGAAGACGUAUGCACACUCCUGGUGCAGGGAGACAUGAACUUGCUUCUGCAGCUCCAAGGAGCCCUUUCAGAGAAGAGAAGCAACCUUGCUCCUGCAGACAUUCUGGUGCUCAGGGAAUACAUCCAAAAGCAUGUCGCAGACGGGGAGAAGAAGCUUCGCAACCUUGGUGCGGUUUCGAACAGCAUCAAUCCGGGACAGCUGGAGCGGCAGGAGUUCGAUCUUGCCAUUGCUUCCAUGCGACACGACAUGGACGUGUAUGGUGCUUGGCUUGUUCGGAGCCGCGAUCGCGAAGCCGGGGUUUAUCAUCAGAAUCUUCAGUGGAGGCUUGGCAGGCAGAAUCGAGCCAAGGAGAUGGCUGAAGGCAUCAUGCGGCGAAGCUCGGAAACUUGGAGGAUGGAGUUUGCUGUUUUGGAGUCAGCAGCCCAGGGCCUCAAGACCAUCCAAGAGGCCAUGAAGUACAUCUGCAGGCUAAACCAGAUUUCGGCGGAGAACUUGAAGUGCAUCGUCAUCCUGAAUUGGUGUGCACCCUCUUUGUUUUCGUCCCAAGUUCAGCGAGAUCAAGCAUCUUUGAUGGGGGCCAUCUUGAAUGGGCAGAAUGCCGUGGCUGGAGGCGUGUGCCUGACACCUACGUUUACAUACAACAAGGGUCAGCUUCACAAGACAGAGCAGGAGGCUUUGAGGCUCCUUGCGGAGUCCAACCUCAAUCUCGACCACGUUGCUGUGGUGCCCUACAAAGGGCGCAACGACGACCGAGAGAAGAGGCCACUGCUCAUGCUCACCCGCAUUUUGAUGCCGAUGGACGAAGUGGCUGCUGAACGGGCUCAGGAGAACUGGCGACUGUCCGCCAUUUUCAGAAAACCCCUAUUGGAAGAGGCGGACCUUCCCCAGACCCGGGACCUUCUGGCGAUAGAGGAUCUGGAUCCUGCGGCAUUGCCAACAACCACCGAUGCCCAUGUCCAUGUGCCCCAGCCAGAGAAGGCAAUGCAGAUCGGAGAGUCAGCAGCGAGGUCGAUCCUCCGAGGCUUCUUGGCCCAGGACUCCACAGUUGGAGCCACUGCGGGUACGAGAAGUGCGUUUCUGUGCAUUGACUUGAGCCCGCACACCUGUGACUUCAGCAGAGCCGCCCUGGCUGAGACCAAGUUGCCCGUGUACUACCUGGGCUUGACAAGGAGCGAGGGAGAGCUCGAGUGGUCAAAAUCCUUCGUGAGGGACUGGCUGGCAGACAGCUUUUUGGACGGGAGCCUCCAGCUGCCACCGACAAUGAGCCUUCCCCCGAUUGAGAUGCCCACCGAGUUGCAGCAAGCCGCACCCCCGCUACCAAAUCUGCAGACUCUGCUGCUCAACAAGGUGCAAAAGUACGAAGGCCUUCCGAGCCUCAAGACGCCCGACCGGGUGCUCGCGGCAUGGGGCGAUCACGCGAGAUUCAAAACAGAAUUCGAAGAAUUCUUGCAAAAAUCGAGGGAGGAGCUUCCUCUUGACUUGACACCGGAGAAGGCAGACAAGAGCAGUGGCGCUGGCAGUGGCUCGGGCAGUGGCUCCGGCAGUGGCUUGAAGAGGGAAGCUGAUGGCACACAAGGCCGAGUUGCCAAGAAGCAGAAGGUGGAGACCCUUGUGAAUCCAGAGGUCGUGGCCAAGCGAUCAAUUCCCUUGAAAGAUCUUCCGAAGCCACUUACAUGGGAAGCAGACUUGCAUCUGCCAAAGUCUGCCAAGGCAAAGGUUUCAGUGAUUAUCACUUUGGGGGAGAGGAUCUUCUUGGUCAAUCACAGCCAGGACAAGGACGUGGUGUUGGAGAAGAACACCUGCGUGGCCGGAUUCUACAAGGGGAAGUGGUGGCAGCACAAGGGCAGCAAAGACCAGGCUUCUGUCAAAGAGAGUGACAUCUUGUUCACAUUGAAGGAUGCCGACAGCUUGAUCCAGAUCGGAAGCAAAGUGCACACCCUGGGCGAAGCAGUGCAGGAGAUCGUAGACAAACGAGAGCGGCGCAAAACCCAGCCGGAUGUGACUGUGUCCUACCACAAGAUCUGCGAUUCGCCGACAAGCACAAAGCCAGCCUUCUUCACGAUGUCUCAAACUCACACAAUCUAUUGGGAGAUCCAGGCAAUCCCGGCUGACUGCAUCCAGCAUGAUGGCAAGACAUGUGUCCCGGUCCAUCACAUGGGCGGAGUCAUUCCAUUUUCUCGGUGGGAGACAUGGGCAUCUACUUUGGUGUGGGCCUCUAAGUGGUCGCCGACCUCCGCAAAGGGCCUGGUUCCAUGCCGACCUUUGAUUGUCUUGAAAGAAUCCGUGCCACUCAGCCCUCAAACGGCAAUCGAGCUGACAGCAAGUGAAGGACCAUCAGCCGAGCCCGUGGCGUAA